AUGGGAGGAUCAGGAAAGGUAUUCGGAAAGCAGAUCACAUACACUGUCUCGCCAUUCCGCCAGAGACUGUUUGUCAACUACUUCAAGAACGCAGUGCCACACAUGAAGCGUGGAAUUCGCGAGAACUUCUUCUGCACCGUUCCCUACUUUGUUGCAUUGGCCAUCACUGUCAACUGGGCCAAUCACUCAUACCAUGAGGGUCAGAAGGAGGCCUGGUACUAA